AUGCUUCCACGGUGGCUAAAGAGGCUGCAAAUCAAAUGGAGGAACAAAGUCGCAGGUCGACCAACAUCAAAACUUGGAGCGACAGCCGGCUCCAAAUGUCAGGUACAGCAACCCAUGGCGCCUGCCGGCUGCUGUGUGGCAGUUCCGAGCACACCACGGUCGACGACGACGCGUCUUUCCACUGACGACUACUCUGUUUCCGAAGCGUCCAGCCAGUUUAAACCUCAGCUCCUGGAAGACUGGGUCAUAGACUUGAGUGCUGAGCCUUUGCGUCUUUCGGGAGCAGCCGAGCAUCCCUGCGGUGGCCUGUUCGAGAAGGGCCUCCAUCGGUCGCUCGCUGUGGACGCGCUCUGGCAGCAAGCUGUCGAGUCUGACCGAACGCCAGCCCGAACAUGCGCCCAGUACGAUGCAGUGCGUUACCUGCCGGUAGAUGGCACCACAGACGUGUUGCUUCCGCAGACACAUGCACGGGACUGGGCAUACGCCCCGCCCGCCGACGCCAAGCAGCCUCGGUCGGCGUUACUGGCUCGGCGUCGAUGGACAGAGGGUAACCUCAUUGUCGGCAGGAGGCUGCAGCCCCUGGUUGGUGUCCAGGGUUCUGGUUCCGACGGGCGCUAUGUGUUUCUGGCACCCGCCGUGUCCACAGAAAUGCAGCAGCAGCAGCAGCAGCAGCAGCGUCCGUCACCUGCUGAUGGCAAUGCCGCUGCUCAUCACUUGGUCGGCUCAGAGCGGAUCCCGACCGAGAUCCUGUCCGAGGACCCAUUAGAUCUGGUAGAGAUGCUGGCGCUCGCGCUAGACCGGCAACAAGUGGAAGCGAACUGUGGCCAGCAAGCUGAGCGAAGCGUACAUGAAACCGGAUACGAGACGUCGGACACCAGGCAUCAGCACAGGCAGGCAUCGCUCCACGCGAGCGAAGCAUCGCCGCAUUCUUCGGAUGGUACGCUGCACGAUGCUGAGGCUGGUGCCGCUGCUUGUGCCCCAGUCGGCGAUGCUUUCCGCAUGGAUAACAUAUCUACAGCGUUUGUCGCUGAUAACGAGCAGGAGCUGCCCGUUGAAUCCAGCGAACUCACACGUGCACCGCUAUCACGCCGAGCGCUUGUUCGCACCGUCCGAAGCGUUGCCGAGUAUAUCCACGCCGUGCUGCUCCGUUGGACUAGCGAUGAUCACGCAGACGGUGGCGGUGGUCUCAGCGCUGCACCCCGCGAGCUCGAUGAACUCACCACGGCAGGUAUCGUGGAACUGCUCGAGAUCCUGCUCUGGAACGAGGGCGUCAUCAUCCUGAACGAUACAGACGGUCUCACUGCAGCGGUUUACGGAGCCUCCGCGUUGGCAGACUUGGCACUCUGUGCACCGUACGAAACGCUCGUAGGAAGCGCCUCCGUCCUCGAAUGCCUCCGCCAGACGAUUGCCGCUCAGGAACGGUACCGCUUUGGUCGGCCGCCUUCGCCAUUAUCGCAGCUGCUGCUACGUGAAGCUUGGCGAUGCCUUCGAAAUAUCACUGGAAAUACACGAGUCGCUAAUCGACUUGUCUUUUUAGCGCAAGAUGCAGAAAGAAACAAGGAACCGUCGCUCAUCGAACUCGCGCUGCUCCUGAGUGACAAUGCGGCGAUACCGGCUGCGAUCGCCGUCGAGGCCUGGGCCUGUAUACGCAACUGGUGCGCUGCUGCCGUGGAGCCCGUGGAUCCCUCUCAACCGAGCAGUUCAUCGACGACGACGACGACGACGACGACGACGACGAAUGUCCCUCGUCGCCAGCCGAUGACAUCGAACCCGUGGGCCUGUUUCAUGCUCUUGGAGAAAAGCGAACACGGUGCGACCUUGUGGCGUCUGGCCACCCGACACGCUGCCCUUCUCGAGACAAGUACCAGCGACGAUGCAUGCUUCCAGCAUCGUCAAGCACUGGAGCAGCUCUGGGCACUGAUUUCGGUGAUGCUCACCACGCUCAAUGAGCAUCAAUGGAAAUAUCUCGACGGCAUCGGACUCCUCGAGGCCGUGGAGCAUGUCCUGCAAAUGCCUUGGCAGUUUGAGCGGGAUCCGUUCUCCAUCGAAAGCGCUGUACCAGCAGACUCGCUCCUCGAUACCAACGCACGGACGGUACCGUUACUCGUACGCCAGUACGCGCUUCGUUGCGUGCGGCUCCUAACUGAGCGCGAAACAGGGCUCCGCACCUGGUUGCAGUACACGCGCAAGUGGAGCAUCAUCAGGCCCAGUGAGAGCGUCCCGCUUUUGGCAAUAAUCGUCAAGCACUUGACUUGCACGCAGAUGAGUGAGCGUCCCGCCUAUUAUGCGCUUGCGAUCCAAGCGGGAGAGGUGCUCACGACCCUGUGCCGCUACGGCUCCGUUCGUGGCGACCUCCUCCAGACGCCAGGCCUAGUACACGGGCUCGUGGGUCAGUUAGCAGCCCAGUCACUGGACCUGCUGGCGCAAAAUCCUCAACAGGCAGCCGCUGUACCAGCCGUCGGUGCUGAGCGCACCCCAGCCGCAACGCACGCGCUUCCCAGGAACCAAAGCUGGGUCCAGGAUAGAGUGUACCAACCCGAAGCCUUCCAACAGCAGUUGAUGCUGGUCUGCCUCCAGGCCCUUACGGACCUCGCAGCACUGCCGCAGGCGUCACCAGCGAUUCUCAGUGCGUUGGAACACUACGGUGGCCUUCGGUUCCUGCUCGACUCGUGUCAAGUGCUGGGGUUGCACCCAGCGAUUCGUUCCAGCGUCCGAAACCUGUUGCUUGCGCUGCGAUCCCUGCUCACGGAAAGCAACACGACACGAAGCCCUGACGUCUUUGAUAUAGAGAGCGUUAUCCAGGACAUUUCUCGAACGGCGACUUUCUUGUGCGGUUUCAGUAGUCGUACGCGUCUCGCGCUGGAGCUCUUCGCCGUCCAACAGCGACUCAGCAAGGCGAGUCUAAGCCGCUCUGUAUCCAGCAGUGCCUUGUUGCUGCAGCGACGCACUUGA